AAGUGACCAGUGCCCGAGAAACAGUUUCCACGUUAGCGUUUUUAUUAUUGUUAUUUAGACAUUUAUUAUUACCCUGGAAUUCAAAAUAUGUCUCAUUUAACUGCUCAGCAUCAUAUUCUCACUCCAGGUAGUGUUUAAUUCGCGUUGGAGACAGAAUUUAGUUGAUAGAUGUUAUCUGUUUAACGUUUGCUAACAAUGGCUAACUGUAACAGUAACGUUAUGGUUUUUCACACUCAAAUAGCCUCCAUCAUGGAGGUGUUAGCGAAUUCAGCCGUGGCAGACUUAUGUAAACUCGUAGACGACGACUAUGCAGUGUUUCGUUUGGAAAUAACUCAAAGCCAGAAAGAAAAUAGGACAUUGCGGAGGAAACUACAGCAACUGGAACUGAAGGUGGCACGGGAGCGUGCAGAGAGGACAACGCGAGAGCGCGUUCUCGCCAGUCCGAAUAGUGUCAAGGUCCUCGACAGAUACAGAGGAAUGACAAGAGGUGAAGGACAUCUCACUGGAGGCCACAGGAGCUUUGUGAAGCCAGCGGGACACAAUACAUGGAGAGAUGACCAACCCAUAGCUAUAGAUGAGGAGAGUGGAACCUCAACCCAGCAUGUUAUUGUGAUAGAGUCUACAGAUGCAGAGACUUCAGGUCCUGGAGGAUCGUCUCUGGUCAAGCAGAAGAGGAUUGAAGGAGAGGAGGACCCACGACACAGCAGAGACAUCCAGACUGGAGCAGUGGCGGGAGUGGCGCCCCCUGUAGCCACGGAGGACAUCGCCACAGCACCGCAGCCCAGGACCCAACGCUGCAUCACGGAGGAGGAGGAGGCUCCAAAGGUGCUGCUGGUCAAGGAGGAGGGGUAUGAGGAGGGUCUGGGGAACUCUGAGGGGAACAUGGUCAUGGAGGACAACCAGACUUCACCUCCUCUUGAACCCACAGAGGAACUAGCUGAGCAGCACAGGACCACACACAGUUUUACUGAGUCAGUAGACAUGGAGGAUGGGAAGCCUGAUCUGCUGCUGGUCAAAGAGGAGACAAUAGAAGACGGACCAGAGAGCAUUGACCUGCUGAGUGGACUAAAGAUGGGGGAGCAAGGUAGUUGGCUGGAGGCUAACAGAGAAGACUGGGCAGCCAUCUUGGAUUCCCAGAAUCAGGCCUGUGCAGCCAGGGACCCGGGGGACAACAUCACAGAGCAGGCCAGGACCAGAGGCAAUAUAUUGGAGUCUGCAGUCCACGAGGACCUUCUGAUAUCCGGUGUUGCUGGUGGGAGAGACUGGACCUCUGAGGCGGCUGGUCACAAACCUUGGCUCCGGAUCAGGACCCUGGAUCAGGAGCCGUCACUUUUCCAUUCCGAGUCAGAAACAGAACCGAACAAUGAGGGACAGAGACUCCACCACAACCACCACACAGAACACAACCAGUGGACAGGUGGACUAAACAACCUCAGUCCUGGUGGUCAUCAGAUAGACAGAAGCUCCAGUCAUGGAUCCAGUCUGCAGUCCAGACCCUUCUCUUCACAGUCUCAGUGCAGGGAUGAAGCAGGGCCUGGGGCUGAUAGAGAUAGACCCUCCUGUUCCUAUGAUACAAACACCACAGUGUCCAUGAUGAACAGAGCAGGUCAUCCUGGGCUUCAGCCUUCACAGAGAUUGGUGGGAGACCCCCCUGGUGGGAGUCUAACAGGAGGUCUGUCUUCUCCUUCAGGAUCUUGUCUAAUGCCUGGCGAAUGGGUUCACAGAGGGCCUGGACCUGGGUCUAGCCUUCCUCAAUUACCUCAUGGUUACCCCACCAAUACAGACAGGGUCAGGAUGGGCAUCCAUCACAAGAGGUACUUAGCCUAUAACACAGGACACAACAUCAACACCCAAACAACAAUGGCUAGAGGUCAAGGAGGGAGCUUAAAGACUAACAACCUGAGGGUGGUGGCUCCUGCUUCUGCCUCGUCUGGUGUCAUUGGGUCACAACGUGGGAGGCCAUGUAUUAGGACGGACGCCGACAAGCCGUACACCUGCCCCACAUGUGGGAAGCGCUUCGCUAGGGCAGACUAUUUGAGGGAGCACCAGGCCGUUCACACCAAGGACAAGCCCUUCAAGUGCAAACUAUGUUACAAGACCUUCUCCUUCCUGACUAACCUUAUCAGACAUAGGAGUGUCCACAACCGGGAGAAAUUGUAGCAGUGUGGCUCGAGAUGUACACAGGGGAUAUCCAGGAACUAUUCUUAAGUUGACAUAUAGUUGUGAAGUGUUUUGGGGUAAGAUGCUAAUUAACCGCAUACCCUUCAUUAACCCUUUGUUAACUUGUCAUUUGAAACAGGCUUGUAAGGACAGUUUAAUAUUUACCUUACUGAGGUGAUAUAGAUGGAAUAAAGUUAUUCUAAUAUUUUCUACUGUA